AUGGGACACGACGACAAACUGUUUCCAAUUCUGUAUCCAUAUCAUGAAUGUCGCAAGUGCCACAAUGAUGGGGAUUGCUCUCAAGCCUACAAAGGUGGACCCGGGAAAUACUGUGGAAUCGUUGCAAGCAGUGACGAUAACUACCAAUAUGACGGAUCUUCUUGCUGUUGCCCAGUAGAGUCGGAAUGUCAAAUGACGAGCUGGGAAUGCCUGUGUGAAGGGUCCAAGGAGGAAGUGAUGUAUCGUGAAGUCGUGGAAUGGGCCUUCCUCUUUCUGAUUUGUUUCAUUUGCUAUUUUGAAAGUCAUAUUAGGGUAUGGUUGAAGGGAUGGAUUGAUUGGUGCUGCCCCGACAGAAGUCAACAGCACGAAUGGGAUGAUGACAAUGACAGGGAGCCCCUCAUGGGAGAAACUGAUGAUGCCAAUAAUACGACAUAUCAGGCCACAAGCAACUCAGAUCAUGAUUUUACAGGAACCAGAGUCAAUAGUUCCACAUAUCCGGCCACAAGCAACUCAGGUUAUGAUUUUACAGGAAGUGGUACGCUCAGGUUAUGA